AUGGCUGAUUUAAGCAAAUUAAUUAACAACACUUCAGAAAAUCUUAAAAAUGAAGAUAUUUCACUCCCUUCAUCCUCUUUAGUUGCUUCACAUUAUAAUGCGAUCCCUGAGAUUGGAAUUCAAAAAAGAAAUAAUAGCAGCAUUCUUCACCUUAGAAACUUGAAUAAUUGGAUGAAGAGUAUGUUAAUAGCUGACACACUUGAUAGAUUAAAAUCACAAAGCGAAAAAUUUGGUUCGGAACAAAUAAGAGUACUCGAUUUGGCUUGUGGUAAAGGUGGGGAUCUUCGAAAAUGGCGUGUUGGAGGAAUCGAUGAAAUUGUUAUGAUUGACAUAGCUGAAGUUUCUCUUCAAGAUUGCAGAGAUCGUUUUAACAGGAUGAGAGAUCGGAAGACAAGACGUUUACCUUUCAAUGCUCAUUUUGUACAGGCUGAUUUAAUUGAAGUCGAUCUUCCUGACUGUUUACCAAAAGAAGCACCUAAACAAUUUGAAAUUGCCAGUUGUCAAUUUGCACUUCAUUAUGCUUUCCGUUCUGAACAAUGUGCUCGAAAAAUGCUUGAAAAUUGUACAAAAAUGAUUCAAGUUGGGGGAUAUUUUAUUGGGACAAUUACAAAUGCUUCAGCUAUUGUUCAAUAUCUGCGUAAAUCUGCUGGCAAUUUUUCUAAUCGUGUUUGCAGUGUUUCUUUGGGAAAUAAUUUCUCUCUAGAUGAAGAAUCCCCAAUUCCUCCGUUUGGCGCUGAAAUUCGUUUUAGAUUGGAGGGGGUUGUUGACUGCCCAGAAUAUUUGUGCUACUUUCCUCUGCUUCAAAAGUAUUUUUUUAUAUAUUUUAUAAACUUAAAGUUUUUGGAAUUAGAAAAUCACUAA